UGGACACAGUGACACUCCCCCUGGGAAGGCCUGAAACAUGACACAGUAGGUUGAAAGGACAUGAAUGACUAGAAUGAAACAUUUUCAAUGAAAACCAGUACAUCAUUUUCCGUAAGAUAUUGAGACAUUGGAAUGACAUGGGGACAACUGUGUGAUUGCACACCGUCUUGGGGUCUGAGUGUGUGUGUGUUUGUGUGUGUGUGUGUGUGUGUGUGUGUGCAGCAUCCAGAAGAAGACCAGCACCAUGUCUCUGACCAGCUCCUCCAAAGCAAUCUCCUCUUCCUCAUCCUCUUCCUCCACUGUGGUCCAGCAGCAGAGACACUCCAGCCUGGUGCAGCCCCUCUGCAUCAGCCCCCAGAGGACACAGAGUCCAUCCUACCCCAGACAGUAUUCAGGAGGAGGUGGCGUGGCCCCAACUUUUGUCGAGCGUCUCCAUGACAUCAGCACGGUCAAGGGUCAGCUGGUGGUUCUAGAGUGCCGUAUUCGUGGAACGCCACCACUGCAGAUUCUGUGGUACCGUGAGAACGAGCAGAUAGUGGACUCAGCUGACUUCCACAUCCUCAGAAAGAGUAAGUAGGAGUAGGCUCUUAACGUUCUCCUUUUUCAGGCUACUUCUGCAUCAGUGCCAGGUGAGUUGGAAAACAUACCCAAGGCCCACUGUUGGCUAUUGAAGGACACAUUUACCCCAGUUUGCCACUAUAAGAUGACCAAUCAAACCUGAUACAUUGGUGCUGGUAUGUCCUCCUCUCUUACCUCUACAGAGGAGCUGUGGACCCUUGUCAUCACAGAGGCCUUCCCAGAGGACUCUGGGUUGUUCAAAUGUAUAGCUGGGAAUCAGUUGGGAACAGUAUCAUGCGACGCCAUACUGGAGGUGUACCUAGGUGAGCAGAGACUAGCUUCAGAACUGGUCAGACACAGGAGACUACUGUUGUGCUUCUGCACAGCUUUCUUCAUCCACUGUAAUCCACAUACAAUCCUGAAAUACAUUCUGACAAUGUGACCACGUCUGUGUCCAGACCUGGAAGAGCAGAUGGAGAAAGAGACGCCCAUGGAUGAGCAGUCCUUAGAGUCUACUAGGCUGGAACCUUAUGACUUUCCCUCUUUACUUCAUGACAUAGCAGGGACAUAGCACCCCUCCAGAGUGGCCAGAGAGCCCAGUCUGUGAGAUUGGUCACCCACUUGAAGAACAGUGAGUUCAACUAUUCUAACAUCCUGCAAAAACCCUCAAAUUGAAAGAUGAAUGUCCAGUAUGCUGUUCUGUGAGACAGUAUUUUUUACAUUUUUAAUCAAAAUACCUAUCAAUAAUGUAAAUGUAAAAUUUUGAAGAAUUAUUUUAAAGGUCAU